CCAGAAGGAGCAUUCUGACACAGACGUAAACAAGAGUCUUUUGUUGUUAUCAUGUCAGCAGUGUUUGUCUUUGUGGUUGCUUUAGCUUCUCAAACAGCAGCUCGGUACACAGCAGACUGGAAGAGUUUGGACGCCAGACCGCUGCCUGCAUGGUACGACGAGGCUAAGGUGGGGAUUUUCGUCCACUGGGGUGUAUUUUCUGUCCCCGGGUUUGGGAGCGAGUGGUUUUGGUGGCACUGGCAGGGCGAGCAGCCCCCUGACUCAAAAUGCGUCAAGUUCAUGUCAAAGAACUACCCUCCGGGGUUCAGCUACCCGGAGUUUGCUCCAGACUUUAACGCCGAGUUCUUCAACCCGGGGGACUGGGCGGACAUUUUCAAGGCUUCUGGUGCAAAGUAUGUCGUCCUCACCGCCAAACACCACGAAGGAUUUACGAACUGGGGCUCUCCAAACUCCUGGAACUGGAAUUCAGUUGACACAGGGCCUCACCGCGACCUGGUGGGAGACCUGGGGGAGGCGGUGCGCAACAGGUCACUUCACUAUGGACUUUACAACUCCUUGUAUGAGUGGUUCCACCCUCUGUACCUGAUUGACAAGAAGAAUAGAUUCAGAACCCAGGAGUUUGUGAUGCACAAACUUCUCCCUGAGCUUUACAACAUGGUUGUAAGAUACAAACCUGAAGUCAUCUGGUCAGAUGGGGACUGGGAAGCCCCUGACACCUACUGGAACUCUACCCAGUUUCUUGCAUGGCUCUACAACGACAGCCCAGUCAAGGAUAGAGUUGUGACCAAUGACAGAUGGGGAGCUGGCUGUGCCUGUAAACAUGGUGGCUACUUUAACUGUGAAGACAAAUUCACUCCUGGCAAGCUGCCCAAGCACAAAUGGGAGAAAUGCACAUCUGUGGACAAGUUUUCCUGGGGUUACCGUCGGAACAUGAAGUUGCGCGAAUUGAUGGACUUACCCACUAUCAUCGAGGAUCUAGUACGCACUGUGGCACUGGGUGGAAACUACCUCCUGAAUGUGGGUCCAACACCUGAUGGGAUGAUCCCUGCAGUGUUUGAGGAGAGGCUCCGAGGGGUUGGCGCUUGGCUCAAGAUCAACGGCGAGGCCAUCUACGCCUCCAAACCCUGGAGGGUCCAGAUUGAGAACAGCACAGUCCCAGUCUGGUAUACAUCUCAAGGAAGCUCUGUUUUUGCCAUCAUGACAACUAAACCACCGAAGCCCACAGUGCAACUUAUGGAACCCAAAACAACACCCACCACUACGGUGACCUUGUUGGGGAGACAAAAGCCAUUACCCUGGUCUCCAGUCAACCCAAAUGCUGGUCUAACCAUCCUGCUGCCUGAACUGCCAUAUACCCCUGGACAGGCGUGGAUUCUUAAACUGGACGGCGUCCAUUAAACAUUGAACCUUGCUCAGAUUGAUUAUUAUGAAGGAGAUAAAUUUAGGAUUGUAUCAUGGCUGUAGGAUAAGGUGGAGCUCAUGCACUUUGAUUGAAAGGCCAGCACUUUUGUAAUGGAUUACUAUUUUUACCCAAAUGAAGGAAUUAAUCAUUCUUCUUAAAUGAUUCCUGUGUCGAUCUGAGGCCUAAAGGUUUUAACAAUGACUUUUAUGUUUUAAUUGCUGUUUCUGAGGUGAUUACAUUUCCUUGUGUGUUGUUUGAAAUGAACAAUUAACAUACAAAACAUUUUCUAUUUUUUUACUGAAUGUUCUUAAAGUGAAUGAUUAAAGAUGAUCCCAUUUGUCUGA